UCGAUAGUUAUGUCAAAAAUAUAAGUAAAAAAAUAUUUAUAUUGUAAAUCGGUGAGCAUCGGUUUUGAGUACACAAGCAGAAAUGGCGGAGAAUGUAGACAUAGAAAUAGAUAAUUUACAAGUGGCAAUGGAGCCGGUAUUCAGCCCUGAGAAUCUAGAGACGGACGUUCCAGAUCAAUCGGAAAACGACAAAAAAUCGUACAAGUCCAUUUUGCUCCAGAAUGGCCUAAAAGCCUUGAUCGUUUCGGACCCCGAUCCAGUGAGCACUGGGGACUCUGUUGGCUACAAAACGGCCGCCCUUGCCCUGACGGUCGACUGCGGUUCGUUCAAAGAUCCGCAGAAUUUUCGCGGCCUGACGCACGUUUUGGAGCAUCUGCUCCACAUGGACGGCAUCUUCACGUCGCAUGUGAAACAAUGUGGGGGCUUCAGCAACGUCAGAGCCGAUUGCGAGGAGACGAUGUUCUACUUUGAAGUGCCCGAGCUGCACCUAACCUCGACUCUGUUGCACCUGACGGCCCUGCUGAUCAAACAGGAUGUCCUAGAGCGCGAGAGGCUGCCGAUCAUAGCGGAUCUUCGGCAAGAGGUCGAGGACUACCAGGCGCAGCGGAAUCUGCUGCUGGCCAGCCUGGCCGCCGACAACUAUCCGCAUGAGCUGUACGACUGGGACAAUUUGGCCGAGCUCAAGGAGAAGGAUCCCGAGGAUGCCCUCGCCGCGAUGAUCCAACAGCUGCGACGCGACAAUUAUGCGGCCAAUCACAUGCACGUAUGCCUGCAGGCAAGCCUCUCCCUCAAGGAGCUGGAGAAGAUGAUCUGCCGCCACUUUGGUGUGAUACCAAGCAACGGCAUGGAGUCGGUAAAUCUCACACGGCUCGAUUAUCGCACCGCCUUCCGUCCGGAGUUUCACGAGAAUGUGUUCUAUGUGACUUCCUCGGAUGGCGGAUGUCGGCUGGACCUGACAUGGCUGCUGCCCAGUGUCCGGCAGUAUUACCGCAGCAAGCCGGAGGCGUUCCUGGCCUAUUUGCUCAGCCAGGAGGGUCCUGGCAGUCUCUGUGUCUACCUGCGGCAUCGCCGUUGGUCGGUCUCUCUGCUGGCUGGCGUCGAUGAUAAUGGCUUCAAUCUCAACUCCAUCUAUUCGCUGUUCAAGCUGUCCAUCCACCUCACCGACGAAGGCUACAAGCACAUCGAUGGGGUGCUGGCCGCGACCUUUGCCUAUAUAAAGCUCAUCGCUGCCUCGGACUCGGCGGUACUGCGGCCUUUGUAUGACAAACAGCAGUUGAUUGAGGAGGCCAGAUUCCGUUUCCAGACCCAUCGUACGGCCCUCUACAACGUACAGGAUCUGGUGCUAUCUAGCAAAUAUUAUCCGGGUAAGGAUGUGCUCACCGCCAGGGGCCUCUACUACGAAUACAGCGACCAGCACAUGUCCGAAAUGAUUGGAUUUCUGAACAAAAUGGACUUCAAUAUGGUGAUUACCUCGGGGGAUACGUACGUGGGCGACAGCCCCAGCCCCAUGCCCGACCAAUGGAAGAAAUUGUGGCACGAAUUCAAUCCCAUCGAGGAGCUGUGCCUGCCAGAACCCAAUGCCUUUGUGGCCGAGGAUUUUAGGAUAUUUUGGCUGGAACUGGGUAAACCGGACCUACCGCCGUGCCCCAAGAAGCUGAUGAAGACAAACAUCUGCGAGCUGUGGUAUCGUCUGGACGACAAAUUCGGGGAGCCCAAGGCCAGUAUGUCGUUCUAUUUCAUUUCGCCACUUCAGCGUCAGAGUGCCAGGAAGUAAGCUAACAGUCCAGCGACCCUCAGCAUUGCUUGAACCACCUCAAUCCUAUCCUAUCCGAUCCGAUCCGAUCCAUCCCCCUCAGAGGUGCCAUGUGCUCUUUGU